AUGGAGAAACACGUAUUAGAAGAAGUUUCAAAAUUACAAUCCGAACAAAAUGUACUUGGUGUUUUGGUAUCAGACACUAAAGGCUUAUGUGUUUUUUCUUCAGGAGAAGUUACACCAGGAAUCAGUGGACACAUAACAUUUAUUGCAAAUCAGUUAUCGAAAUUAGAUAAACAUGAUUCGUAUCCGACCAUUGUAUUGAAAUCUGACAACAAGUCAUGUUUGAUAAAAGGCUGUGAAAAUUCCUGUGUUUAUGUGUUGUAUCAGAAUAAAUAG